AUGGGGCGUUUAAGACGUGUGGGUAGGGGAGGUGGCCGAAUCGGCGGCGAAAAGCACCUCGGCGUCCGCCGGGUGUACGGGUGGAGGCGGAGCACGCCAGCCUUGGAGGCCCAAUCACAAAAGGACGAUUUUCCUUGUUCCUCCGACGACCGGCUCUCCUCUCCUCGGAUCCCCAAAAUUCGAUCCCAAUUCCGUUCGAUCCCGUCGGUAACAAGGAACCCUAGCCCACCCUCCCUCUCACCAAGGAAAUCCUUCCGAAUUGCUGCGCAGAUGUCGAACCCUAACCUCCCGCCUCCGCCGCCCGGCUCGUCGGCGUCCGCGGCUCCGGCGGGGGCCAGCUACUUCCCGCUCCCCUUCCACCUGCAGCAGCAGCAGCCGGUGGUGCCGACCUACCAGUUCCAGCAGUACCAGCAGCUGCAGCAGGCGCAGCAGCUCUUCCAGCGGGACGCGCAGACCAUCACCCCCGAGGCGCUCGAGAGCGUCAAGGCCGCCCUCGCCACCAGCGACGUCCUCGACCCCUCCGCCGCCAGGGCCAACGCCUCCUCCUCCGACGCCGCCGCCAAGAAGAAGGCCGUCCCGCGCCGCGCCGCCGGCCAGUCCUGGGAGGACCCCACCCUCACCGAGUGGCCCGAGAAUGACUUCAGGUUGUUCUGCGGAGAUCUAGGGAACGAAGUUAAUGACGAUGUUCUCUCCAAAGCCUUCUCGCGGUUUCCCUCCUUCAACAUGGCCAAGGUUGUCAGAGAUAAGAGGACUGGCAAAACUAAAGGUUAUGGAUUUGUGAGCUUUUCAAACCCUACAGACCUGGCUGGAGCCAUAAAAGAAAUGAAUGGAAAGUAUGUUGGAAACCGCCCGAUUAAAUUGCGUAAGAGCAAUUGGAAGGAAAGGACAGAUGUUGAGGCUCUACAAAGGCAAAAGAACCACAUUCAGAAGAAGCCUAAAACAGCCAAGAAGGGCAUUCUUCACAAGUAAAGCUCUAUUGAGGCAGACCAGGGUGGCCCCUGUAGAAAAAAGGCUUGCUGCCUUUGGAGUUUGGAUGAAGGACAUCUAAAAAAUACACUGGCUAGUCACUCUUAUGUCACUGGUCAAGGUGCGCGAGGUUGAUAUACCUGUUGAAUUGUCACAGCUUACUAAGCAUUGUUCUCUCUGAUGACAAAUAGAUGUUACAUUUGCGAGAGUUGCAACAUGUUAGCCUUGUUGUUGUGCAUGACAUUUUGCAUCCUUGACUCUUAACGUUGUAUGUACAAUCAGCUUUGUUUUGAUAUAACGCUGCCGUCAUUGUAUUGCAAGUUAGAGAUGUUUUUAGGAACUGUGCAUUAUUUUUGAAAGAAUUUUCAGUAAUUAUCCAA